GAUCAAUGAGAUAAGGUAAUUAGCAAGAUCCACCACACACGAUGCUGCAAACAAACCAAAACCCCAUGCAAAUCAUCCGUCCAGUUCAUUUCAGUUCAAAUAUAUCAAAAAUGGUUGCUCUCCAACUGAGCUCUUGCUGGUCAUCUUUUUGCUCCCUCCCAUUUAACUUGAUCAACUCCAACAUUACCAACUCCCAUUCAACUCUCAGACCUUCCAAGCCCCUCAUCAGUUUCUCCAGAGCAAAAAUUAGAGCAGUUAGCACAUCCCAAGAGAGCCAAUCUGAAGCCAUUCAACCCGAGCAACCCCCUUCCGUGGAUUUCGCAUUUGUUAGUUCAGUUUUACUUCCUGACCAAACACCAGAUGUGCAUCUUCGUCAAGCCUGUGGAGGACAGAAACUUAGGAAUAUAAUGUUGGAUUCAAAUAUCGAUUUGUACGGACCAUACAGUAGAGUUCUGCUGAAUUGUGCUGGAGGAGGAACCUGCGGGACAUGCAUGGUGGAGAUUGUUCAAGGAAAAGAGCUGUUAACCCCUCGCACAGACAAAGAGAAGGAACACCUUAAAAAGAAACCAAAAAAUUGGAGACUUGCUUGCCAAACCACAGUUGGGAAACCUGACUCUAGAGGGCUGGUUGUUGUCCAACAGCUGCCAGAAUGGAAAGCCCAUGAAUGGAAAUAUGAAGAAGUCCUGGUAGACCCUAACCAGUCUUCAUAAGACAUUUUUGCCUACCAUUGUAAAUUUGAACAUAAACAAAAAAUAUUAAAUUAAUCCAGUUUAAAUUUAUAGAGAAUUAAUUUAAA